UAUCCCCACCGCUCGCCAUCACAUCUGGGUUUGUUUUUUUUUGUACUUACCGCACGCGUAAGUCGUAAGUGAGACCGCAUGUUACGGUCAAUUUACCCCACUGUUACCAAUUCUUGUAUCCCUACCAAGUACCGCGAUGCACAUUGCGUUAAAUCUUAUAAGAAUUUACCAACAAGCCGGCUUUUCCUCAAUAUUUUUUUGACGUUUGUAAAAGACAGUUUGAAAUUAAAUGAGAAGUUGCAAUGUUUGUGGUUUUGUUAUUUGUGUUAAAUGCGGUUGUGCUUAGUAAUUGUGUAAACGAAGCACUUGUAGGACAGUCAGUGCUUUAUGGAAUAUCGUAUUUGGCGCAAGAAGAUGCCGAUUUUUCGUCGGCAUGUCAGGAAGAAUUGGCGCUUUUCUACAAGUCGGUGGAAGAGCAGAAACCGUGGGCUUUAAAAGUUUUGGAUGCAAGCGGAAAUCCAGGUCCCGGUUUCUUCUACGGCAACAACCUCUGGCUGGGUUCUUACGCACAAUGUGAAGAUUUAGACAACACCAGACGCUUCGAAAUCAACUACGAAGUCGUCAAGCACCCCAAUAGCACCCCGUACGAUUUUCCUCCCUUUCAAUUGGGCUUUUUCGUAGCCCACAUUCAGCAUAAUAGCACCAUGCAGCACCACAGUCAACUACCUCUAGAGUUUACCAUACGAACUGGACUUUGCGCCCCUCGGUCUUGUUCAACACACGAUUUAGGUUCUUUGAUUGAACAGUACCUCGACAAUAGAACCCUCACCGUUCAAAAUUUAUACAACUUGCAGUUAAUUUUAACCAUGGUGAGGUCUGUAGAACCACUUGGCUUGUGGUUGUUCCAACUGCCAAAAACCAUUGUCUUACUAACACUGGUUUUUGUCGUUCUAAUUUUGGCAAUCGUUGGUACUUGUUACGACGUUCGACAGCAUCAACGGUCCAAGAAUCUUAUUACCGGUCAUCGAGGUAAUCUUACAGGAAAACCGAGUAAUAGUGUGUCUGAAGUGGAACUGGUAUCUAAUUCUUCGUCGGAAGACGAGAGGACAAGCACCUUGGGUGAAAUCCUCAAAUGCUUCUCUUUAUAUUCAAAUAUAAAGAACUUAGUAAAAAGUGAUUUACCACCAAAUUCUGUGACUAUUAUUCAUGGUUUAAAAUUCUUUGGCAUGUUGUGGGUGAUUAUGGUACAUGCUGUAUUCUACCAGUCAGACUAUUUGGACAAUAUGGGUGUGGCUUACAGACUAUCCGAAGACAUUUUUGCCCAAAUAUUAAGUAAUUCAACAUACUGUGUUGACACAUAUCUGUUUCUCAGUGGAUUCCUGUUAGCUUAUCUCUUUUUUAUGGCGAAGAAAAACAUUGACAGAAUUAGCAGUGGAGGUUAUCUCAAAAAUGUGUUGCUGUUCUUUCACAUGUUUAUGAAUCGAUUUCUAAGGUUAACCCCUCCAUACGUUUUUGUUAUUUUGAUGACAGAUGUGAUGUACACUUACUACAGGAAAGCUUCAGUGCUUUACACUAGCGAACACAAUGACGAUCUGUGUCCAAAAUACUGGUGGAGGAACUUGCUCUACAUCAACAAUUUGUUCCCUAGAUCAGAAAUGUGCCUCAGCUGGUCGUGGUACCUCUCUGUUGAUACACAGUUCUUCGCUAUAGCUACAUUCUUACUUAUACUUUCAACAACCAAAUUUAAAACAUCAGCAACCAUAACCGUUCUUUUAAUUGUUGUUAAUAUUUUCGCCACCACUUACAAGUCUUACAGUAUUAAAUACAUACCGACAAUGGAUGACCAAUUGACACAGCUCGACGCCAUUUACGAUUUGCCGUGGAACCGAAUUGGCCCUUACCUAGUUGGAGUAAUCACGGCUUAUAUUUUCGUUGUUAAACUCGAACGGAAGCUUAAACUGACCAAGAUUGCUAAAACUAUUUUGUGGACUGUUUUCCCAGCUUUGAAUCUCUGGAUUAUGUUCACGAUUUAUACGAGAAAUUUGUCCGUUGAAUUUUCAGCAGUGUAUAUGGGAGUUUCGAGAACCUUAUGGGGAGUAGGAUUGGGGUGGUUGUUGAUAGCGUGCUGUACAGGAAAUGCAAGGAUUUUGGAGCAAUUCCUUUCUUUUCCCGGCUGGAUUCCACUGAGUCGAUUAACAUACUGCGCAUACCUUCUAAAUCCUCUUUUAGCCAACAUGAUCUACAUGGGAUCCAACAGCAGUUUAAACGCCUCAAAGGCUUCGUUCGGAGCUCUUUCACAGGGCAUAGCGAUGUCAACAUUCUUUUUAGCUUUCUUUUUCUCCGUAUUAAUUGAGUCUCCGAGUAUUUUACUUACCAAAAUGGCUUUCAAGAAACUAACGCAAAAGAAGGAUACCAAAAAUGCUACUUCUGUCUAGUACUUAUCUGUGAUUGUAGUUUAAUAUGAAGUUAACUAGUAAGUUAGUGAAUGAUCUAUGUAUAACCAUGUUAUAUGUUAUAAUAAAAUAAGUGUUAUUUUUGUGGCGUUAAGACAAAAAGCGUUGUCACGAAUAAAUAUAAUUUCGUUGAAAAUACGUGAAGAUCCAUAGGAAAAGAAGUCAUAAAUUUGAAAAAUAUGAUGAAUGAAUUGAUGUUUUCUUUUUUGAUCUCUUUAUAGUUUUAUCGAUUUACUUUUUAUAAUUUGGUAGGUAUUCAUUUCAAAAUUAGAAUUGUGAUACAAAAUAAAAUUACGAGAAAUUUUAUAACAAAAAGAACCGAGCUGUGUACGUUUAUUUCUGAGUAGUAUCAUUAAACUUAGCCAAGCCAUUAUAUGUUGUUCCUUUUUUAUUUUAUCUGUCAUUAUUAGGUACAUGUUAUUUUUGUUGUUAUACAUUCAUAUUUGCCACACACUAAAUACAAUGUUUAAUAAUAUGUAUACAGAAUUUGGAAUAAAUAAAAUAAA